CUGGUGGCUUCGCGCGGCAACGGUGCGUCGAGACAGCGUCGACCACACUUUUCCGGCUUCGUCCGACAGUCCGAAGGCGUGCGCCACAAUCUCAACCGUUCCAGAAAUCGAAGGGCGGCCUGAGCUGGCGCUGGGGACGCCUGAGGCGUGCCCGCCGGCGGUCUGAGCCGGCGCUGCGGGGCAGGCAACUGCGCGGGGAGGCCCGAAGACGGGCCGUUCAGCUCGCGCCGCUGCGCCUGCGCGCGAACUCCUCGUACCUCGGGGGCGUCCAAGAUGAGCGAACAAUGGCAUGUGUCCAUGUGCGCCCUCCGCGGUCCCGCGUGCACACGCGACCGCACUCAAACGCAGGCCAGCCGAAGCCGACCAGGUGCACGGAGGCCCGAAGUGGGGCCGCUCAGCCCGCGCCGCCACGCCCGCGCGCGGACUCCUCGUACCUCGCGAACGGCUGAGAGGGUCGUUUGUAAAUCGUUGCCUGAGGCACGUGCGCGGCCGAAGGGGGGGGCGCCAACGAACGUGUUGCAAUGAGAAGAAAGGGCCGUGAAAUACCUGGGGGAACAUCAUAGCACCGGCCAUGAUAUCCACGCGGCCACUUCGUCAUCGGGUCAUCGUCCCCCCCCGUGGCCGCCCCCGAAGACCCCAGCUCACGCACGCUGGACUGGAAGCGAACGGCCUCCAUGCAGUCGAACAGAUCGUCAUCGCAGCUGCCCUUGUAGCCCGCCUUCUUCGCGAGCCGGGCGAGGGCCUCGUCGUGGUCCAUGCCGUGGUCGACCACGACCUCGGGCAGGAAGGUCGCCGAAUACGUCCUCGUGUCGCAAGGACACAGCCAGCUGGACGCCGCGUCGAAGUGGACCCGCACGCCGUGCCUGCCGAUCUCCCAGUCGUGCGCCCGGGUCCUCGCAGUCCUCGAAGCUGUGCAGCAGGGAGAGCCGGCAGGACAGCAGAGGGACCUCGCCCAGCUCCACCGGGGAGAACCGCCGGUCCGCCAGCGCGCUGCGCAGCGCGAAGUCCGCCAGGCCACUGCCGAGUGCCACGGGCCUCAGCGUGCCCACGCACCCGCGGAGCUUCCUCGCCCGCCACUUCCAGGUCACGAGAAGAGGCCGGGCACGCGCCCGCCUGCGGCGGCCUGCGCGGCGGCCGGCGGAGGCGGCGGCGGGGCGCCGCCCAGGUGGGCCAGGAGGACCUGGAAGCAGUAGGACCGCAAAGCUCGUCGGUGGCCUCGAUCACGCCGGCCUCCGCCUCUCUCAUCCUGCGCGCCAGGCUCCUGCGAUCGCUGCGCGCGCGCGGGGGCGCACGCCGAGUCGGAAUGGCU